CGAACACGCCGUCUCCAGUGCCACCUCACAUUUCUCGUUUCUGUAGGCGUUUACGAGCGUUUGGAAGUGAACCGGGCAUUCGUAUUCCAAGCACCUGGUAUCGUUCAUCAGGGCCGCAUAGGCAUCCGCAGCGCUACGAAACUUCACAUUUGUCAUCAGAUUGCGAACUCGGAGGCUAGAGCGGGAUGGCAAAUCAGGACCCAGGAGCAGACGUCUCCAUCUCAGGCGAUACCCUGGACGAAUACAUGGACGUCCUGAUCUUGCUGAAUCGAAAGAAACUGAACGAUCGGGAUGCCCUGGGACGAUUCACGAACCCACGGCUGGUCACCAUGGUUCAGGUGCUUUGCUCCACUCUCAAUCAACCCCCCAGGGUUCGAUUCCAUGCUCUUCAUCUCUUCGAAGCCUUCAUGAAGCAUCACCUGUAUUGGCUGAUCGAUUAUGCAAACGAGAACCUGAGUGGGGAUCCGGAAGAAUUCACAAAGGUGUGCGAGAGGAUCUUGAAGCAGCAUCCUCUUCGCCUCGCCUCUUGCGUCCAAAUCGCCUCCAAGUUCACGGAUACCUCUCAGAUGACGAGCAUCGCGGAGUUGCAGACUUUCCUUCGGUCCUACGAUCUUAACUAUGCGCCGACGGCCAUCAUGAAUUCCGAGAUUCGGAUCCUCGACACGCUCAAAUUCAAGGUGGGGAUGCCGGGCCUUCCGUGCGAUUGCUUGGAGACGAUACUGGCAUGCUUGAGUUUGGAAGGACUGUUGACUCGGCGCGAACGAGUCACUUCCCUCGCCUACAGUUUAUUGGAUUACGUUUAUCUUCAGCACAAUCUCGUUUACGAGACUCUCUUCUUCGUCGUCGCGAACAGGACCUACACCGACGAAGACAGGCAAGUGUUAGACUGCAAUUUAGUUCAUUGGCCCCUUCUCGCGAGACAACUCGAGUGCGAUUACAUGCUGCUGGCGGGGUCGGUGGCGUUCGUGGCCUGCGUCCUCGGCGAGCACUACGACAGACGGCGGGAGCUCCUCGCCAGGCUCGGGGAGAUAGGUCGGAUCCCCCAAGAGGACAUCCUCACGUUUGCGGGGGCAGUCGGGCAGGCCCUUCUCGUCACCAUGGAGCAUCCUUGCGUUUCCCAAUUUUACGGCGGAGAUACCUGCACGUUGGUUGCUCUCCUUUCAGAUACGAUUCGAGGACUUUUCAAGUUAGAGUCCAAGGAACUCUCUUCUGCAGUGAGAUCGGAGGUGCUUCAUCAGCUCAGUUAUCGUUUCAGAUUCGGCCUGAAGGAGCGCGAAGGCUUUUGCGUCUUGCGUUUCUGGUCCUUGGUAGAGGUCCUGGCCUUGGUAGAGGUUCUUGGAGUUUCGCUGCGAAGCCGGGAGGGAAGACCGAGGCUGAAGGGAGUUCAGAGUCGGGGAAUUCGAAUUGAACUUGCGACGGCCAAACCUGGGCUGAGGGGUGCUCAGCGCUCAUUCAUCAUCAUCUGA